AUGGCUGCAGCCAGUAGCUCCAGCCCCGGGUCCAUCCGGUCAACUUUUCCUCCAUCCCUAAGGGCAUGGUCGGCGACAGCUCGCCAAAUCAUCCUGCAUCAUGGUCAGGAGGAGGAAGCUCUCUGCUCGCUGCAACUUCCCAGCUAUGCGCACGAUCUGUACGCUCGGAUGAGCCUUCUCAGCUUGCUUGACGGUCUGACAGACAUGCUACAUAAUGACAGGACACGUGCAGGCGAUGCCCACCUGCCCGCAGCUCUCAUGGUCACGAUUGCCUGGCUCCUACAUCGGCCAUACAGCGCAGCUCCCAUACAGCUGCAUCCUUUCGCGACCUUGAUCGCCGCUAGAGCCCGCUCUGUAAGCGGACGACAUCCGGCUGUCAAUGUCGUCAUCAACAGGAUCCUCGGAGCUGAUCCCGCUACACUCUCUCGGCUCGGCCAAUCUUCUGCUCUCGCUUUGAUUGAGCAAGCCGAGCGAAGAUCGUCUCAAAGGCUAGAUGUUACUGGUAAGCAAGAAGAGGCAAUGGCCCUGAUCUUUGCUGCUCGCACAAGGGCAUUGAAUCUUAGUGAGACGCGGGUGAGCAGCUCUGCUCGCAUGCAUCUUCCACAUUCCGACCCAUCGCUCACGCCUCGCUCGCUCGUACUGCAGAGCUUGACUCUCAUGAUCACAGCCGUACAGGACAUGUCCGAUCUGAUUCAACCAGAGGAAAUGUGCUCCAUUGCGUCGCACAACCAACCAUCGCUGGUCGUCCGGCUCAUCACCUCCCUUCGAUCAGCCGCAAGAGCGACUCCUCAUCUUGUUGGGCUGGCGAAAUUAGAGCCGAGCUUGCGUUCCCUGGACCUGUUCAUGCGCUUGCUCACGUCCGAAGAAGAGAUGUCGGUUAGUCAAAACGACCAAAAGGUCACGAUGACACUGAAGCGGCUGAGCAAAACCAUCGCGCUCGGCGGCUGGCUGGCGAGCGUCAUAGCGCACGUGGAGCAAGCCGAAGAAAAACACGAGAUGGACCAAGAGCGCGUAGGAGAAAUCGUCAGCAGAGUGAGUCUAGCGCUGCAUCGGCUUUCAAGCGCACCAUCGUACCUUGCAUCAGCACACUCGCUGACGACUAGACUUGUGCGCCAACACCAAAAGCUCUGCAGGUUCAUCAGGGCUUUGAUGAGCCACGAUAUCCUCCCGAACGGUGAUGGUGCCUAUGGACAAAACACCGAAGAGGACAGCGAAGUGGACCUGGCAUGCAUCGUGGAGUGUCGACAUUUUGCGCUGAGGUACGGACGCUUCAGAGAUGCCGGAGAGGUUUAUGCGUCUUUACUUUGGGUCGAGCUCUGA